CGUGGAGGCGCGCGGCGCUCAGCGGACGCCAGCGGAACCCCGAGGCGCCGGGCGCGGGCGCAAAGGCGAAUCCGGCGCCACCCCCGCAGUCGCGGGCCGCCCGCAGGGACAGCAGCACAAUCCCCGCUGCCUGCCUCGCCCUGUGAGCGCGGAGGUGCCUGCAACUUUAAUUAAAGGGCCGUCCCCUCGCCUAGGCGGCAGCACCGCCCCUCAGCUCCUCGCGUCUCAAAAUGAGUAGCUCCCACUCCCGGGCGGGCCAGAGCGCGGCAGGCGCGGCUCCGGGCGGCGGUGCCGACGCGCGAGACGCCGAGAUGCCAGCCACCGAGAAGGACCUGGCAGAGGACGCGCCGUGGAAGAAGAUCCAGCAGAACACGUUCACGCGCUGGUGCAACGAGCACCUGAAGUGCGUGAGCAAGCGCAUCGCCAACCUGCAGACGGACCUGAGCGAUGGGCUGCGGCUCAUCGCGCUGCUGGAGGUGCUCAGCCAGAAGAAGAUGCACCGCAAGCACAACCAGAGGCCCACCUUCCGCCAGAUGCAGCUCGAGAACGUGUCCGUGGCGCUCGAGUUCCUGGACCGUGAGAGCAUCAAGCUCGUGUCCAUCGACAGCAAGGCCAUCGUGGAUGGGAACCUGAAGCUGAUCUUGGGCCUCAUCUGGACCCUGAUCCUGCACUACUCCAUCUCCAUGCCCAUGUGGGAUGAGGAGGAGGAUGAGGAAGCCAAGAAGCAGACGCCCAAGCAGCGGCUCCUGGGCUGGAUUCAGAAUAAGCUGCCACAGCUGCCCAUCACCAACUUCAGCCGGGACUGGCAGAGCGGCAGGGCCCUGGGUGCCCUCGUCGACAGCUGUGCCCCAGGCCUAUGCCCUGACUGGGACUCCUGGGAUGCCAGCAAGCCCGUGAACAACGCGAGGGAGGCCAUGCAGCAGGCUGAUGAUUGGCUGGGCAUCCCUCAGGUGAUCACACCCGAGGAAAUCGUGGAUCCCAAUGUGGACGAGCACUCCGUCAUGACCUACCUGUCCCAGUUCCCCAAGGCCAAGCUGAAGCCAGGAGCUCCCCUGCGGCCCAAACUAAACCCAAAGAAAGCCCGAGCCUAUGGGCCAGGCAUCGAGCCCACAGGCAACAUGGUGAAGAAGCGCGCGGAAUUCACUGUGGAGACCAGAAGUGCUGGCCAGGGAGAGGUGCUGGUGUACGUGGAGGACCCAGCCGGCCACCAGGAAGAGGCAAAGGUGACUGCCAAUAAUGACAAGAACCGUACCUUCUCUGUCUGGUACGUCCCCGAAGUGACGGGGACUCACAAGGUCACCGUGCUCUUUGCCGGUCAGCAUAUCGCCAAGAGUCCCUUCGAGGUGUAUGUGGACAAGUCCCAGGGUGAUGCGAGCAAAGUGACCGCCCAGGGCCCUGGCCUGGAGCCCAGUGGCAACAUCGCCAACAAGACCACCUACUUUGAGAUCUUCACAGCAGGGGCUGGCACGGGCGAGGUGGAAGUUGUGAUCCAGGACCCUGCGGGCCAGAAGGGCACCGUGGAGCCUCAGCUGGAGGCCCGGGGCGACAGCACGUACCGCUGCAGCUACCAGCCCACCGCGGAGGGCGUCCACACGGUGCACGUCACCUUUGCCGGCGUGCCCGUCCCUCGAAGCCCCUACACUGUCACUGUUGGCCAAGCCUGUAACCCGGGCGCCUGCCGUGCCGUUGGCCGUGGCCUCCAGCCCAAGGGUAUGCGGGUGAAGGAGACUGCGGACUUCAAGGUGUACACAAAGGGCGCCGGCAGCGGAGAGCUGAAGGUCACUGUGAAGGGGCCCAAGGGCGAGGAGCGUGUGAAGCAGAAGGACCUGGGGGAUGGCGUCUAUGGCUUCGAGUAUUACCCCCUGGUCCCCGGCACGUACACUGUCACCAUCACGUGGGGUGGCCAGAACAUCGGGCGCAGUCCCUUUGAGGUGAAGGUGGGCACGGAGUGCGGCAACCAGAAGGUGCGGGCCUGGGGCCCCGGGCUGGAAGGCGGAGUCGUGGGCAAGUCGGCCGACUUUGUGGUGGAGGCCAUCGGGGAUGACGUCGGCACCUUGGGCUUCUCGGUGGAGGGCCCAUCGCAGGCCAGGAUCGAGUGCGAUGACAAGGGCGACGGCUCCUGUGACGUGCGCUACUGGCCCCAGGAGGCCGGCGAGUACGCCGUGCACGUGCUGUGCAACAGCGAGGACAUCCGCCUCAGCCCCUUCAUGGCCGACAUCCGCGAGGCGCCGCAGGACUUCCACCCAGACAGGGUGAAGGCACGUGGGCCUGGACUGGAGAAGACGGGCGUGGCUGUCAAUAAGCCGGCAGAGUUCACGGUGGACACCAAGCAUGGUGGGAAGGCCAGUCUCCGGGUCCAAGUCCAGGACAACGAGGGAUGCCCCGUGGAGGCGGCAGUCAAGGACAACGGCAAUGGCACUUACAGCUGCUCGUACGUGCCCAGGAAGCCGGUGAAGCACACGGCCAUGGUGUCCUGGGGCGGCGUCAGCAUUCCCAACAGCCCCUUCCGGGUAAACGUGGGAGCCGGUAGCCACCCGAACAAGGUCAAGGUGUAUGGCCCAGGAGUAGCCAAGACAGGGCUCAAGGCUCAUGAGCCAACCUACUUCACUGUGGAUUGCACCGAGGCCGGCCAGGGGGACGUCAGCAUCGGCAUCAAGUGUGCCCCUGGCGUGGUCGGCCCCACUGAGGCCGACAUCGACUUUGACAUCAUCCGUAACGACAACGACACCUUCACAGUGAAGUACACACCGCGCGGGGCUGGCAGCUACACCAUCAUGGUCCUCUUUGCUGACCAGGCCACGCCCACCAGCCCCAUCCGGGUCAAGGUGGAGCCCUCCCAUGAUGCCAGCAAGGUGAAGGCUGAGGGCCCUGGCCUCAGUCGCACUGGUGUUGAGCUUGGCAAACCCACCCACUUCACGGUCAAUGCCAAAGCUGCUGGCAAAGGCAAGCUGGACGUCCAGUUCUCAGGGCUGGCCAAGGGGGACGCAGUGCGCGAUGUGGACAUCAUUGACCACCACGACAACACCUACACGGUCAAGUACACUCCCGUGCAGCAGGGUCCAGUGGGCAUCAAUGUCACUUACGGAGGGGAUCCCAUCCCCAAGAGCCCCUUCUCGGUGGGGGUGUCUCCAAGCCUAGACCUCAGCAAGAUCAAGGUGUCUGGCCUGGGAGAGAAGGUGGAUGUCGGCAAAGAUCAGGAGUUCACAGUCAAAUCGAAGGGUGCUGGUGGCCAAGGCAAAGUGGCAUCCAAGAUCACGGGCCCCUCGGGCACAGUAGUGCCCUGCAAGGUGGAGCCAGGCCUGGGGGCUGACAACAGCGUGGUGCGCUUUGUGCCCCGGGAGGAGGGGCCCUAUGAGGUCGAGGUGACUUACGACGGGGUGCCUGUGCCUGGCAGCCCCUUUCCUGUGGAGGCCCUGCCCCCCACCAAGCCUAGCAAGGUGAAGGCGUUUGGGCCAGGGCUGCAGGGGGGCAGUGCGGGCUCCCCUGCGCGCUUCACCAUCGACACCAAGGGUGCCGGCAUGGGCGGCCUGGGCCUGACAGUGGAGGGCCCCUGCGAGGCCCAGCUUGAGUGCCUGGACAACGGGGAUGGCACAUGCUCUGUGUCCUAUGUGCCCACCGAACCCGGGGACUACAACAUCAACAUCCUCUUCGCUGAUACCCAUAUCCCCGGCUCCCCGUUCAAGGCCCACGUGGUUCCCUGCUUCGACGCAUCCAAAGUCAAGUGCUCAGGCCCCGGCUUGGAGCGGGCCACGGCCGGGGAGGCGGGCCAGUUCCACGUAGACUGCUCAAGCGCAGGCAGCGCGGAGCUGACCAUCGAAAUCUGCUCUGAGGCGGGGCUGCCGGCCGAGGUGCACAUCCAGGACCACGGUGAUGGCACGCACACCAUCACCUACAUCCCGCUUUGCCCUGGGGCCUACACUGUCACCAUCAAGUACGGUGGCCAGCCUGUGCCCAACUUCCCCAGCAAGCUGCAGGUGGAGCCUGCGGUAGACACGUCGGGCAUCCAGUGCUAUGGGCCUGGGAUCGAGGGCCAAGGUGUCUUCCGAGAGGCUACCACUGAGUUCAGUGUGGAUGCCCGCGCUCUGACUCAGACCGGAGGGCCCCACGUCAAGGCUCGUGUGGCCAACCCCUCGGGCAACCUGACCGAGACCUACGUGCAGGACUGUGGCGACGGCACCUACAAAGUGGAGUACACGCCGUAUGAGGAGGGACUCCACUCCGUGGACGUGACCUAUGAUGGCAGCCCCGUGCCCAGCAGCCCGUUCCAGGUGCCUGUGACCGAGGGCUGUGACCCUUCCCGAGUGCGUGUCCACGGGCCAGGUAUCCAAAGCGGCACCACCAACAAGCCCAACAAGUUCACCGUGGAGACCAGGGGAGCUGGCACUGGGGGCCUGGGCCUGGCUGUCGAGGGCCCCUCCGAGGCCAAGAUGUCCUGCAUGGACAACAAGGACGGCAGCUGUUCGGUCGAGUAUACCCCCUACGAGGCUGGCACCUACAGCCUUAACGUCACCUACGGUGGCCACCAAGUCCCAGGCAGUCCUUUCAAGGUCCCCGUGCAUGAUGUGACAGAUGCAUCCAAAGUCAAGUGCUCUGGGCCUGGCCUGAGCCCUGGCAUGGUCCGGGCCAACCUCCCUCAGUCCUUCCAAGUAGACACGAGCAAGGCUGGCGUGGCCCCACUGCAGGUCAAAGUGCAGGGGCCCAAAGGCCUGGUGGAGCCUGUGGACGUCGUGGACAACGCUGAUGGCACCCAGACCGUAAACUACGUGCCCAGCCGGGAGGGGCCCUAUAGCAUCUCAGUGCUGUACGGGGAGGAAGAGGUGCCCCGCAGCCCCUUCAAGGUCAAGGUGCUGCCUACGCAUGAUGCCAGCAAGGUGAAGGCCAGUGGCCCCGGGCUCAAUACUACUGGUGUGCCCGCCAGCCUGCCCGUGGAGUUCACCAUUGAUGCGAAGGACGCGGGAGAGGGCCUGCUGGCUGUGCAGAUCACGGACCCUGAGGGCAAGCCCAAGAAGACGCACAUCCAAGACAACCACGAUGGCACGUACACGGUGGCUUAUGUGCCAGACGUGACGGGCCGCUACACCAUCCUGAUCAAGUACGGUGGUGACGAGAUCCCCUUCUCCCCGUACCGCGUCCGGGCCGUGCCCACCGGAGACGCCAGCAAGUGCACGGUCACAGUGUCAAUCGGAGGUCACGGGCUAGGUAAGCUGCUUGCUGGGGCCACUCCCAAUGCCCCUCCUGCCCAGAGGGCAGCUUCCUUUUCCUCUUCCGUGCCGAUUCCCAGGACAGUUCCAGCUGCAGCUCUUGGCAGGGACAGGGGGGGAAGCUGGAGGGAUAGUGCCCAGGGAGGCCUCCAGAGCAGAGCGUGAGUGCUCCGGCCCUCCCUCUCUCUGGGCCUCCGUUUCCCCAUCUGAGACGUCGGGUUGCAGCUGAGAGCUUUGGGGUGAGGUGCAUCCUGAGAAGCACCCCACUGGGGGCUCUGGGGUCUGGGGAUCUUGGCACCCUGGGGAAGCCCCGGGGGCGGGCAGCAGGCCCUGCCUUCUCACUUCCUCCUUCCGUGGCAAGGGCUCCUGCACGGGCUGAGGGGACAGGGGGUCUCCCCUCAGCAGUGGGAGUCCCCCGGCCCUGGCCAGAUCCACAGACCUCCAUCCCCAUCUCCCAGGGGCGUCUGGGCCCCAGGCUGGGGGAGGUUC